GAGACGAUCCCUUAAUUUCCGCAUAUCCGCGAAUGUCGAACGUCAAACCAAGUUUAUUUCAGUCGCACUUUAUAGUUUAUUCUCCAAAAGACAAACAAUAUGGAAUAUAAUGAACACAGUCUAACCCUGGACAGUUUAAUAAGCAUAUUUUCUUUUCUUAGUGAAGAUGAUUUAAUCAGAGUGUCGUGUGUUUGUAAGGAAUGGCACGAAGCUGCAGAAACGCAGUGGUUAUGGAGAGAAAUGUGUCUGCGUCGCUGGGGUUUUUGUAACGUGGCCCAGCUGUUAUCGGACACGAAGUCGUACACCUGGAAGCGUUAUUAUCUCCAUCGCUCUUCACUGGAGCUGAACAUGAAGUUGGGGAGAUCAGGAGGAGAUUACAGCUGUAAGAGCCUGAGAGGACAUACAGGUCGGAUUGUUGGCUUCUCCUACCUGAUGGGAAACAGCGCUUUACACGACAUGUGGAACUUCACGCCGAUCGUCUGCAGCGCCUCAACUGAUGGAACGCUCAAAGCCUGGGACAUUUACAAGGGUGUUAAUCUGUGGUCCAGCUCCGCUCAGAACCCGCUGACCCGUAUCGUCACGGACCCGGAGCAGGAGGUCGUGGUCACAUCGGACAGCGCCGGGACGAUUAACACGUGGCAGGGAAGAACGGGAGAGCUGCUGAGCGCCUUCUCCUCCGGCUCGUCUCAGUGCACGUUAAUGACGUUCAGCACGGAAGGAAACUCUUUCGUCAUGGUGGGAACGGUUCUGGGAUCGUUCCUCGCCCUGACGUCACCACAGCUGUCGGAAAUAUCACGCCACGUCGUGUGCGACUCGUUCAGUCUGAAUAUUCUCCUCUCAUCACCUGAUAAGAAGUGGAUUCUCACCGCAUCCAAGGACAACUCGGAUUUAAGCCCAAAGGUUUUCAGCAGUCCGAGUGUGUGUAGUCCGGUGGAAGACGCUGAAGUUGUGUGUGUGAAUUUACCCAUCAGUGGCUGCGCAGCGGCGGUGUUUUUUCCCUCUCAGCCGGCGCGACUCGCCAUCGUUCACAAGAACACGCCGUUCAACCAGAAAUCCCUCUCCGUGUUCGAGUUCAGCCUGAAGAAGUCCAGAUACAAGCAGGAGGCUCAGGCUCGGGAGGUUGAAUCUUUCCGGCUGAAUUUAAACACUUGGCACUCGGACAUGGUUCUCCAGGCGAAAGGGAGCAACAUGGUUCUGCUUACUGACGGUAACGAUCUGAAUAUCUACACUGUCAAAGGAGAACUCAUCUCCAGCUUUAAGGAGCAUCUGCAGCCCAUCACAUCUGUGUGUGUGGAUGAUUUCCGGGUGGUCACUGCGUCGCGGGAUUUAUCUUUGAGAGUUCUGACGUGGAAGAAGGAUGGAGAUAAAGGAUUAACUCUGGAGAGUCAGUAUAACCUGCUAGGAGGCUCUCACUCCAUGUCCAGAGGAUUCACUGCAGUGGCGUGUGAUUAUGCGAGUAUCGUCGCCUCGGUGGAAGCCGUUAAUGGGAAGGACGCCCUGAAGGCCUACAUCUUUAAUUCUUGAACAUUUUUUUUUUUUUUGGGGGGGGGAUUUUAAUAAACAAAAUGUACACCCACUGUAUUAAAAUAACUGUCCUAACCCUAACCCUAACCCUAGCGCUGCUUGUGCUUGUGCAUGUAGUGUUAUCGAUGUGUUGUAGUGCAGUCAUCAUCGUUUUAACAUUAAAAUAUAGAACAAUGUCUUUUUUGAACUGUUCAGGACAGAUUUUGUUUUGUUACAAAAUCAGUAGAUUGUGUUUAAGGUUCAUUAAAGGCACACUGGACGAUAAUAACAAUAAACACUCCCGUAAAGCAGCUUUACAGAAAUCCAGAUGCAGAUUUAGAUCCCUAACGAGCAAGCCAGACGUUAUAGUGGUGAGGAAAGACUCCUUGAGACGACAUGAAGAAGGAACUUAAGAGGAACCGGGCUCAAAACGGAACCGGUCCUCUUCUGGAUGAGACUUGAUAGUGUGAUUAGAAAUCAUUGCAAUAUCGGGUCAUGUAGUCUCAUGGAAAAGUCUUUUCGGGAGGUACAAAACUACCGCAUCCAGCUGAGAUUAUUCACAGCUUCAAGAGAGUUCCAAGCGCAGAAAGCUCUAGAAACAUCAGGAGUAGGUGAAUGUAGGAUGAAUCUAACAGGGUACGAUAGCCAAAAGCCAAGCAUGUGCUACACUAAACAUUGGGGCAGUUACAGUCGCUGUUGUACCGGUGGCGAAAAAAGAAAUAAAAAGUCCGAUGCAAAA